AUGAUGUAUUUUACUUAUGUUGUCCGACCAGGGGAUGCACCUGAAGGGAGAGGUCCAUCGCAUCCCUUAUUUUUUGAGAAAUUUUUAGCUAAUAAUUUAAAAUUGGGUUUUGGUUUAAUACUUCUUGGAUUCAUUGGAACUCUUUUAUGCUCUAUAUCAGCAGGGUAUGGACUCCAAGUAAUAAAAUUUUUAAGUCCAUUUAAUGAUGCAACAAUUCCUACAAGUGUUAGUUUUGUGUUUAUUAUGAUCUUAAUUAUUGGAGUUCUAUGUUUGAAUGUAUCGACAGUAUUAAUGGAUGAUGAUGGUAGCAUUAGUCAGACAAGAGGAUAUAGGGCAGGAUGUAAGGCACUUGGCCAAGGAACCUUGGUUACUUUGCUAGGGUUAAUUUUAUUAAUAGUAACUAUUUAUUCAAAUAUUAGCUAUUACGAAGGGAAUGCACUUAAAGGUAUUAAUCUUAACAGUAUUAUUGAAUGUUUGUUUUAUUCGGGAAUUGGGCUAACUAGUAUUGGUAUCACUUUACUUGGGUUGGCAGUAUUUUUAAUCGAGGUGUACUCCAAUGAUGGAACGAGGGAGAUGAUGGGAUUUGCUAGUUUGGGACUGUGUAAACUUUCUGGACUCUUGAUGAUUGCUGCUCUAAUAUUUCCUUCAUUUAAAUUUUUAGAUACACUAUUCUCUAUUGUUGUUGUUUUAACAUUUAGCCACAUCACCGCCUGGGCAAGUGUUUUUGAAACUAUUGCGAUGAAGAGUAAUAUUAAAAUGACUCAAUCUGCUGUUAGAAAUGAAUAUUACAAGAGUAGAAAUGCUUUGGCCUAUUUUGGCCCACCUGUAGUAGCAGAAGGUUCCUAUGCUCAACAAGGUACAAUGUAA